AUGGACAUCAAUAGAAAGAGAGUAGCACGGCCGCCGUUACGGGAAACCAGCGGGAACGUUCCUCUGCCUAACAAGAAGAAGCUCAAACUCUCCGCCAAAGAGUCAGUGAGCCUCGAUGUCCAUACGCCGCAACUCACUCACCCCCAGCCGGCAGGGUCUCUCCAUCACCAACCUGAACAUUCUGAUACAUUGGCACCAGCGGCGCUCCAAAGCCUGUCGAACGGCGGGUCUGUGCGCCUGGCGCUUCUCGCCCGGUCGGUGCUAAAGGUCGACAGCUACAAAGCCAAACUGAACCGGUUGAUGGGAGACGAGCUUCUGGAAUGGCGUAGUAACUGGCGCAAAAUCAUGAAGAGCAGCGUCGUUUACUUUGAUACCCAAGGCUUUGAGUCCCUGAACCAUGUGUCCGAACAGAAACGCGCCCAUAAAGGGUUGAAGUACGUGGGCAGUUUGGUGGUUCCGUUCUAUGAUAAGGAUGUGACUAUCAUUGUUAGUCGAAGACCAUACAAUCCUGCUGUCAGCUAUCCUUCCAAUGAUAUCUUCCAUGACGCGUCGUCGUUGAAAAUCAAGGUGUGGAACUUCGAUAAGGUGUUUCGGUUCUUGCUGAACUUGGGAGUUAAUGAUCUGGAAUACAUGAGCAGUGCCAACUACGAGAAUGGAGAUUUGGUCAAUUUAUUGAAGGAAGAAAAAAUCUUUGGCUCCACUGACAAAGACCCCACUGCCAAACGAGAAGACUUACAUUAUUUGGAUAACAACUACAUCUACGUUUACGAUUUGUCACAAAGCGUCCGUCCCAUUGUCGUUCGGGAAUGGAAUGCUGAAAACAAGUAUCCUAGGUUUUUCUUAACCCUAGAUGGUAAAUGUCCAUUCAUCCAAGACACGGAAAACCUGGAUCGUAAGAAGGUUCGGCGGGCUAAAAAAUAUGAAGAAACUUCUCAUUAUAGACAACUCCUUAAGAUCAUGGCUUAUGAGUUGGUGCAAAAACCCCAGGACCGACGGAUUUCUACUAGCUCUUUGUUGACGAGCACCGCCAUCGAGGAAGAUACCAACUCGCAUCCAAACCAUCAACAAAACUCCAAUAAUGACAGCACCAUCUCCCAAGGAUCCAAUCCUGAGGAUAAUGAGGCACUGGUGGAAACCGAGCCCGAAGACCUCGCGUGUAAAUUCAAACACCCCAAGCCCAAUUUGAUGCGCAAUUCGUCUUGUUUGCCUACCAACAACUCCAAUUCCAACUCCAACUCAAGGUUCUACGACGUGGCAGCUUCAGGGUUCAAUGGAACUUCAAAUGCCGUGCAGAUGUCUAUCGACUCCGGGACUUUCCCCGGUGGUGGGAAUGGAUUGGGCCCUACCAUGUCACAGGUACCUUCAAAGAACAUCAACAACUUGAAAAGAAGAAUCUUCAUGAAAAAGCAGAAGCAGUCCAUGGUUGAGAAGGACGAGAACAAAGACUUGAAGCCAGGCUACUGUGAAAACUGCAGGAUCAAAUACGACCAUUUUGAUGACCACAUCAACUCCAGCAGACAUCGCCGGUUUGCGAUGGACGACGGUAAUUUCAAGGAUAUCGACAACUUGAUCUCCACUUUGAACGAAAACAAGGUGUUUGGCUUCAUUACUUCGGAUGGAGACUUCAGCUACACAGAGUAA